CAAUGUAAACAACAUCCUGAGUAUAAAACCACAAUGAAUCGGGCGCACGACUAAAUAGAACGUCUUGAAUAGCAGAAACCGUCCAGCCAUUGUGGUGCACUUCAUAACUUUCCAAAAACUAUGGAUGCCAAACAGUUCAUCGAUGCCUGCAAUUAUCUGUCCAACUACAUCGCAACCUAUCGAAAUCAAAUAUGUCAGCAUGAUUUCCCUGUUAUGCCAGACUUUGAAAAGAUACAACCUGGCUACCUGAGACCUUUAUUGACAUCCGAAGCACCAGAAGAUGGGGACUCGUUCCACGAAGUGAUGAGGGAUGUACGGUAUAAAGUUAUGCCAGGGAUGACACAUUGGCAACACCCGAAAUUCUUGGCCUACUACCCCACAAGCAGCAGUUAUCCAUCGCUCCUCGGUGACUUUUUGAGUCUGGCAAUCUCACCCAUCGGUUUAUCUUGGUUCGCUUGCCCUGCGAGUACUGAGCUUGAAGUGAUCACUCUGGACUGGUUAGCACACGCGAUGGGCUUGCCGAGCAAGUUCAUGUUCUCAUCCACAGGAAACGCUAAUGGAAUUCGUGGAGGCGGAACGAUUGAGUCAAGUGCCAGUCUUGCACUCGCUACUCUGGUGAUGGGACUGAGGGAACGUGCUCUGACGCAACUGCUAAACAGAUUCGACAUCACUGAUGAAGAUCGCAUCGAUGGAAGAGGACCUGGUGCAUUAGUCGAUCGAUUGGUUGGCUAUUCAGCCGAUCAGGCUCAUAGUUCUGUGGAAAGAGCCUACAGAAUCGCCAUGCUGAGAAUACGUACCAUUCCUUCGAAAAUUGUUGGCAAACGGCGUGAGUUUGACGCCUACGAGCUGCGGAAAGCAAUGGCCGAAGAUGUAGCCAAAGGACUUAUUCCACUUGUGGUAAGUUCUAGUAAUCCUGUGGGAUCUCGUGAACUGCGAGGCUUCUGGUGCGCGUACUUUGUGAACACAUGUGUCGCGACCAUGGGAACCACGUCAACUUGUGAGUUUGACGAUGUGAAGUCCAUUGGACAAGUAUGUCAAGAAUUCAACGCAUGGUUCCAUCUGGAUGCUGCAUAUGCUGGCAACGGUCUUAUAUGUCCGGAGUUCCGCGAUCUGGCCAGAGGCGUAGAGCUGGCUGACUCCGUUUGUGUAAAUCCCGACAAGCUGCUGCUGGUGAAUUUCGACUGCACCAUUCUCUGGACAUCCGAUCAAUGUGUCCUAACCGAAGCCUUCAAAGCGGACCCAACCUAUCUACUUCACGAUUUCAACGGAAUGCCGGACUACCGCGACUGGAGCAUUUCACUUUCACGUCGUUUCCGCGCCCUGAAACUCUGGUUCGUUAUCCGCAUGUACGGAAUGAAAAAGCUCCGCGAAUAUAUCCGCCACCACGUCAACCUGGCUGCCGAAUUCGAAAUGCAGUUAUUGAGAGACGACCGAUUUGAAGUUGUGAACGACGUUCGGUUUGGUCUGGUCUGCUUCAGGCUCAAAGCGGGUAGACAGGAGACGGGAAGACUAAACAAACUGUUGCUUCAAGAAAGAUCCCUAUUCUUGAGCGCGGGGUCAGCCAGAGAUUUAAUCAAUCCGGACGAAGAACAAUACUUUCUCCGUUUUGUUUCCUCUCCACAUACCACCAUUCGAGAUGUCCAGUUUGCUUGCGAAACUCUAUCCAGCCUUGCAGAUAAACUACUUGGAGAUGUGGGGUGCGCAGAGCAGUGACUGACAAACACUGAACAUGCGUCCAUCUGACUAUCACCUACCCCGCCUGCAUUGAUUUGGAUGGUUCUUAGUUCAGCGCCUCCGGUAGAUGCCAGGCGGAAAAUGUUCCCCACAAAAACGUUUCUGUUCAUCAUUCCAAUUUGCGUUAUAAUUUUUUAUCUAAAUG